AUGCUCCCGGUUGAUGAUUCACUUGGAUAUGAAGCUGUUGGUGCCACAAAGAUUCCAAUAAUUUCCAGAAAUCUGAUUCAGGCACAAGAUCAUGUUUUGGCAGAGAGAAAGAGAAGAGAAAAGUUGAAUCGAAACUUUAUUUCCUUAUCUUCCCUCAUCCCUAAGCUUAAGAAGAUGGACAAGGAAUCUGUGCUUGAAGAUGCAUCUAUUUACAUAAAAGAACAUCAAGAUCGGGUGAAGGAACUGGAGGGAUUAUCAGGAACAAAGAGAAAGAAUGUUCAAGAUUGUGUAUUGCAUGCGUGUAAGGCAAUACCUCUAGUUACUCGGAUGGCAUUAGGAAGAAACACUUGGGUUACUGUUUUAUGCAGAAAGCUAAGAGAUUGGUGGCACUGGCUAGAGACAGAGAGUUAUGGAAGUGGAACAAUCAAAUCAUUCAUUGACCUUCCACGAGCCUUCAAUGGAACAGAGCAUUAG